AUGCUUUCGAAUAUUAAGGUGUUUGUGCGGUGUCGCGCAAGGAACGAGCGGGAGCUGGCCGAGAACGCGGGCGUGGUGUUAUCAGUUCCGUCGCGUGAGGAGGUGUGUGUGCGUGCCGGGUCGAACCAGCGCACUUACGGGUUCGACCGUGUGUUUGGCGCAGAGAGCGACCAGGAGAGCGUUUUCGAGUCUGUGGCCGAGCCGAUGCUCGAGCAGAUGGUGGCCGGGUACAAUUGCACGGUGUUUGCGUACGGCCAGACGGGUACGGGGAAAACCCACACAAUGGUGGGCGAUCUGGGCGAUCUGGCGGGCACGAACGUGAAACUACGCACAGACGCUGGUAUCAUUCCUCGCGCUAUGUUCCGGCUAUUUGAGCUGCUGAAGAAAGUGCCCGACUACUCCGUCAAGGUGUCGUUCAUUGAGCUGUACAACGAAAACAUCAGAGACCUUCUGGGCGACGGCACGCGGCCGCUCAAGAUCUUUGACGACGCGGGCAAAAAAGGUGUUUUAGUGCACGGCAUCCACGAGGUGUACGUGCGGUCUCCGCUGGAAGGUCUUCGGUACGCGCAGCAGGGGCUGGAGAAACGCAAGGUGGCCAGCACCAAGUGCAACGACCUGUCGUCGCGGUCGCACACGGUUUUCUCUGUGACGGUGCACAUGAGGGUGCCUGAUCCGCACAAGGUGGGCGGCGAGGAGCUUGUCAAGGUGGGGAAACUGAACCUGGUGGACCUGGCCGGGUCGGAGAACAUCUCGCGGUCGGGUGCCACGAACCAGCGGGCCAAAGAGGCCGGCAUGAUCAACCAGUCGCUGCUGACACUAGGACGCGUAAUCAACGCCCUGGUGGCUAGUUCGCCGCAUAUCCCCUACAGAGAGUCGAAGCUGACACGACUUUUGCAAGAUUCUCUUGGUGGCCAGACGAAAACCAGCAUCAUUGCUACUCUUUCGCCUGCAAAAACCUCGUUUGAGGAGACUCUUAGCACGUUGGAGUACGCACACACGGCCAAAAGUAUCAAGAACAAGCCGCAGGUGAACGAGGUGGUCAACAAGAAGACGCUGUUGCGCGAGUACAUGGACGAGAUCGAGCGGCUAACCAAGGAUCUGGAGGCUGCACGCACACAAAACGGUGUUUAUCUGGACAGCGAGAGCUACCAAAAGCUGUGCAGCGAGAACGAGAGCAGACAGAUCCGGAUUGAGGAGCUGGAAGCGCGUGUGGGUGGACAGGAGGAUCGGUUCGAACGUACAAAAGAGCGGUUGGAGCAGGAGCAACAGGAGAAAAAGAAGCUGGAGCAGGAAUUAGCCGAUUCGGUGGCAGAAACAGCCAAACUACGCGAGCUGUUGGAGAAACAGGCGGCGAAGGUUCAAGCUUCACGUUUGGAAGAGGCCGAACUCAUGGACAGCGCACGGAGCAUGAUGAAGAGCAUGGGCGAGAAGCUGGGCGAGCAGAACUGCAUACAAACUGAGGCUGAAAAGCUGUUUAUCAAGAAUUCGAAAAACUGGGAGCUGCAGAACCAGCAAGUUCGGGAGCUUGGUUCAAUGGUGAGCGAGUCGCUGACCGAAGGCAUGGCACAGACCCAGAAAGCGUUUAGAGAGUUGUGGAGUGUCAUCCGCUCAGACCUUCAUGGUGUUUCGAAAGAGCUUUCUGGGAUGAACAGUUCGUGCGUGAUGGAGCUACAAAAAAGAAAUGAUGACACACGGGGCCAGACAGAAGGCCAGGUGAAUGCACUGGAAGCAGAAGUUUGCGAACGUUUCGAGCAAAUCGAGAAAAAAGUGGCGGGAGUGUUUUCGCAGUGCAUAGACACGAUAAAGUCUAGUCGUUCCUUGAUUUGCGACCUGGAGCGGCAGCUGGGCUCAAAAGAGAACGAGAUCAGGCUACUGGGCGAUGAAUUACGGGCGUAUGUUACAGACUCCAUUGCAGAUAAACAGCAGAGCAGUGCCCAAGCUGCAGAGGAGCUGGUGAGCGUUUUGCGAGAAGCGGUUGUCACAAGGUACGUGCAGGAAAUUGACGAUUUGGUAAAAAUCGGGCAGCAUGCCGUAACAAAGUUGGACAAUCUGGAGAAGAAAAAUAAAAUGCAGCCAGAGGCAUUAAAAGCACUGCAGCUGCAUUCGGAACAGGAAGAGCGGAAUUUACUCCAGGAAUCCGAAGCUAUAGCCGGCAGUCUCAAGAACCGUCAUAUUGCCGAAUGGAAACAGAAUAUUGCACGUUUCCGCGGCCAGUUGCUCGCACAGGAUGAUGAGAGAUCCCUGCAGAUUCGUGCAGUCUCCUUGAACAUCACUGAGAACCUUAAAAAGCUCGAGACGUGCGUUGAGCAGCUGGAAACCAAGUACUCGCGAACUGUGGACCACACAUCCCACGAGUUUCUCAAAGUGCAACAGUAUUGCGAUGUGGCAUUGCAUAAGCUGGGCAGGUCGUUUGAUGUGGCAAUGAAGUGUUGUGAGGAUCUCCACGACGUUUCCAGGUUGCAGAACACCCAGAUAGCCGACACACAGAACUCUUGUGAUCAGCUACAGCAUCAGAUUGUUAUCUUGCACCGCCAGGUAGAGACCACGCUUGACAGCUUGGAGAAGAUGUGUUUUGGUAGCACGGCCAACACCCGCGAGACGGAACAGGCUGCAAUUGUGCCAGCCAAACGUGCUUGGAACGACGACAAGGAAAACCAGGUGGCUAUCAAGAAAGAGCGCACGGAACCCCGUGCUCUUGCGUCCAAAACACCGAGUCUGAACCACGGGAGGGUUUGGUGUGUUCUAACAACCAGAGUGUUUACCGAUUCGGCAGUGAAGAUUGUUGCUCAACCAACAUUCUACCAGACGUUUCAGGAGGUGCACAAAGUUGCAGGUCUUAACUAUCUGGAACAACUUUGGGCAGCCUACUACACGUAUCUUGGUAAUGAUAUCUUUGCCACUGGACUUUUGAUUUUCACGUUGCACGAGUUCAUGUACUUUGCCCGGUCGCUUCCGUGGUUCAUAAUAGACCGGACGCCAUUUUUCAACAGGUACAAGAUCCAGGACACCAAGAUGCCUUCUAACAAGGAGCAGUGGGAGUGUAUGAAGUCGGUUUUAAUUUCGCACUUUAUGGUGGAGGCGUUUCCCAUCUGGUUUUUCCACCCGAUCACGGAGCGUGUUGGAAUCAGCUACAACGUGCCAUUCCCAUCGUUGAAAACGAUGUUUUUCCAAGUGUCUAUUUUCUUCUUGUUGGAAGAUGCUUGGCAUUACUGGUUCCACAGAGGACUGCACUACGGGCCAUUUUAUAAAUACAUCCACAAGCAGCACCACCGGUACGCCGCUCCGUUCGGACUGGCCGCGGAGUACGCGCACCCGAUCGAGGUGAUGUUGCUUGGAUUCGGCACGGUUGGCAUUCCAAUUGUUUGGUGUUACUUCACCAGAAACCUGCACUUGUUCACGAUCUGCAUCUGGAUCACGCUCAGACUGUUCCAGGCUGUGGACGCGCACUCCGGGUACGAGUUCCCAUGGUCUCUGCACCACUUCCUGCCGAUCUGGGCGGGAGCAGAGCACCAUGACGAGCACCACCACCACUUCAUUGGCAACUACGCCUCGUCGUUCCGCAUGUGGGACUUCUUCCUCGACACUGAGGCCGGACUCACUGCCAAGCAGAGCCGCGAGAAGAAAGCCCAGGCCAAGGGCGAGCGUCGGGCCAAGGUCAAGACCUAA